AUGAACGGCGCUGCGUCGGAAACAAUACGUUUGUGCGACCUUGUAGUGUUUGGGAGGAAAGACGCGCACGACGAGCGCGGGCUGGUGAUGAAGCGCAUGCCAGGGAACAUGCUUGGCGUGAUGCGUGCCGACGGCGCCAUGGUGGCUGCAAGGCCGCGCGGCCUCAGUGUCGUCGACAGGAGCUACUUCCGCGCGGGCCACGUCGUCGCGGCGGCGUCGGACCCCGCUGGCCAGAUCGGAGUCGUCACGGGAGUUGCCACGGCGCUCGACCUGGCAUGCUUCGACAGGGAGCCGCAGCAGGCGGUGACGGUCGCUAGGGGCGUGUCGCCCGCCGACCUCCGCCGCGUCACGGAGCUCAGCCUGGGUGACUACGUCGUCUCGGGGCCCUGGCUCGGCAGGGUCGUCGAGGUGUCCGUCAAUGUGGACUUGUUGUUCGACGACGACGGCGCGCUCUGCAGGCUCACUCGGGCGGAGCAGAAACUAGUACCCGUGGACAACUACCGGACCCGUUGUCCUCCGAAUAGUGUCUUGUACCCUGGGCAGCGCGUCACCGGCCAGCCGCCGUCAGUCUUCCAGGCCUCCCGAUGGAUCAAAGGCUACUGGAAGCCCACUCGCGUCAGGGGCACCAUUGCCAAAGUAGAUACAGCCGGCGUGGUCGUUUACUGGGUCGCCUCCAUGCAUCUGGGCACCUCCAAGGCCCUAAUCCAGGCGUCAGCGCCCGACGCAUACCACCCGAGCCCUCACAAACUGGAAAUCUUCCAUUCUACGACGAUCAUCACCUGCUCUUACCCGUGGACUGAUGAGAUCGCACGGGAAGCGGCGGACGAGGAUGGGGUGAAGCGAACGCUGAGACUACACCAGAGCCGCGCGGAGUGUGAGCGGCCCAUGUCCGUCGCUGACACCCGAACGGUGGUGGACGUGCUGUGGCAGGACGGCACGCGGCAGCGUGGCGUGCCAUCGGCAUCACUGCUCCCCUUCUGGGCACGGAACGAGCAUGAUUUCAUCCCAGGGCAGCACGUCGUCGGCAUGGCGGCUGCAACUGAUGAUGAGCUGGCGGAGCGUUUUGGCGUCGUCCGGAGCCUCGACUGCAAGGACCAGACCGUGUGCGUGUCGUGGGUGAAGCCAGCGACGUGCCCAAUAGAGACCGUUCUGCCUCAUGAGAUAGCCGUUGUCCAACGUCAACGCAUCGACGAGAUGCUCAGAGAAAUCGGCGAUUGGGUGUACGACGAUGGCCCCGAUAGUGAGAGUGAUGAGGAUUCCGGUGAUGUCGAACAAGGCCAUGAGCCCACGAGGCAGGCAGAUGCCACCGGUGGGCCGUUUCCGUUUCGGCGCUUCGACGUCGCACAGAACCCACUGGAUCACCAUUUCCUUGAUAGCGUGGAGCAGGGCAUUGCUGUCGGAAGGAAGUGGACAAAGAGAGUGCAAAAGGAAUGGAAGACUUUGGAGAACGACUUGCCAGACACCAUCUACGUGCGUGCGUUCGAAGACCGCAUGGACCUGCUCCGGGCGGUGAUGGUGGGCGCAAGCGGGACACCGUACCACGACGGCCUCUUCUUCUUCGACCUGCAUCUGCCGCCUUCAUACCCCGCUGAGCCGCCGCUGGUGAACUACCGCUCGUUCGGCCUCCACGUGAACCCUAACCUCUACCCCUCCGGCACGGUGUGCCUGAGCCUGCUCAACACCUUUGGCGGCCAAGGAGUCGAGCUGUGGUCGCCCGAGGCGUCGAGCGUCCUCCAGGUCGUUGUCUCCAUCCAGGGCCUCGUGCUCACCGCCCAGCCCUACUACAACGAGCCCGCCUAUGGCGCCCAGGCUGGCACGCCGAUGGGCCGCCGAAACGAGCUCCCCUACAGCGAGAACGCCUACUUGCUCACCCUCCAGACCAUGCUCCACCUUCUGCGCCGGCCGCCAGCGGGCUUCGAGGAGCUCGUCACGGGCCACUUCCGGCGCCGCGGGCAGCACGUGCUCCGGGCGUGCGAAGCAUACCUGGAGGGCUGCCGCGUCGGCACGCUCGACGGGGAGGCGCGCGCCACGGAUGGGAGCAGGGAGCGGCCGUGCUCGGCUGGAUUCAGGCUAGCGCUACUCAAUCUCCUGCCACGGCUCGUCGACGCAUUCGACGGCAUCGGCGUCCAAGGGUUCGAGCAGUUCCACAGGUCCAGGACGCUGCCGUCCACUCUGCAGUUUGCUACUACCCAGCAGCCUGUUAUCCCAUAA